AAAUAAACUGAUCCGGAUGGAUCCCAUCCAACGACCAUCACUAUCCGGAACAGUUUGACAGCACCAUAAUAGGUAAACUCAGUGAAUGUAAACAAACAACCCGGUGUCUUGGAAAACUAUUCCCAGAUGCAGGGAAAAACUCGAUACACCGUUUCUGAAAGAUCACAGGAAUAGGGAAAAACUAACACCUAAAGUUCAAUAAAAGGCUUGCACAGUAUGUAUCUUAACCUUAAUAUUGGCAUACUGGGCCACGUGGACUCGGGAAAGACAACGUUGGCGAGAGCACUGAGCGCAAUUGCUAGUACGGCUGCCUUCGACAAAAAUCCCCAGUCCCAGGAACGGGGCAUAACACUCGAUCUGGGCUUCAGUGCACUGCAGGUGGAGCUACCGGACCACUUAAGGGAGCAAGCGAUUGCCGAAGGCUAUGAAAAGCUUCAGUACACCUUCGUCGACUGUCCCGGGCAUGCUAGUCUGAUACGAACCAUCAUCGGCGGUGCGCAGAUCAUCGACAUGAUGCUGCUGGUGAUCGAUGCGGAGAAGGGCAUCCAACCACAAACGGCCGAAUGUCUUCUCAUCGGUGAGCUGACGUGCCGGAAGAUGAUCGUGGUGCUGAACAAGGUGGAUGCGCUGCAAGAUCCGGCUCAGCGUACGAAAACGCUAGACCGACUGCGAAAGGGCAUUGCGGGCGUGCUUUCCAAGAUGUCGUUCGAUGCGUCACCCAUUGUGGCCAUUUCUGCGUCGACAGGUGAAAACGUUUCCGCGCUGGUAGAUACGAUGAACGGCAAAUCCUUCAUGCCGCAGCGCGAUAUGGCGCUACCGUUUAUGUUUGCCGUUGAUCAUUGUUUCGCCAUCAAGGGACAGGGGACCGUCUGUACCGGCACGGUACUGCAGGGCAGGUUGAGCGUGAACGAUGAGGUCGAAAUACCGAAGUUGAAGCUGCAGCGCAAGGUCAAAUCGAUACAAAUGUUUCGCAAAAGCUACCAAACCAUUCGGCAGGGCGACCGGGCUGGAAUAUGCAUUACCCAGUUCGAUCCGAAAUCGCUGGAGCGUGGCAUCGUGUGCGUCCCGCACUACGUGCAUUACGUGUACGCGGCAAUCGUGCCACUGCGCAGCGUACGGUACUACAAACGACCGAUCAAAUCGAAGGCAAAGUUUCACAUCACCUGCGGGUAUGAAACGGUCGUGGCCACGGUGCUACUAUUCACCGGUGAAAGCGAAUCCUUCUCCUUCGCACAACAGUACGAAUACUUGGAGGAAAUGGUCGCCGGCGCCAACAGUACGCAAAGGAACGUUUUUGCGCUGCUAGAAUUUGAAACACCCAUUCUUGCGUGCCACAAUGCGCUCAUCAUUGGUUCGAAGCUAGACAGUGACGUACAUGCGGCCGAUUGCCGGAUUGCAUUUUCGGCUAGGUUGACGGACGUCAUACGGGAUAGCAAGUACGCCGAAACGGUCCUGCCGGAGCAGCUGCAAGUGUACAAACACAAAAGCAAAAGCGGCACGAUACAGCGUGUAGUCAGCGAGCAUGAGCUGAUCGCGGUGGGACUGUUUAAAAAGGCAGCCAACAACCGGCAAGCAUUCGUGGGGCUGCACAUAACACUGUCCAGCGGUGAGCGUGGCAUCAUUGAGGACACUUUCGGUGCGAGUGGGAAGGUGAAGCUGCACUUUGCGCAACCCAUUUCGGCCGACGUUUUAGAGCGAUUGCGACAGAAGGGUCCAACGACGGGCGGCGAGGAAGCGAUCAAAGUGGAACUUAACUUCAAAAAGUUUCUGUUUCGUAAAAAUGUAAAAGACAAGAAAGUGGUUCAAUAAAUCGAUUUGUUGAGAGUUUAAAUGCGAUGCAUCCAA